AAGCCGAAAGAAACGUGUUCGGCUCCACUCGGUGUUAACUCCUCUGUUCCGGUUCUGUUCUACCUGUUGGAUUCCGCAGACAUGGAGUCCAAACCGGAGCCUCAUAAACGGUUCAUCUGUUCGUUCUCGGGCUGUUCGGCCGCUUACAACAAACAGUGGAAACUGGACGCGCAUUUAUGCAAACACACUGGCGUCAGGCCUCACGCAUGCGCACACCCCGGCUGCGGGAAGUCCUUCUGCCGCCCCUACCACCUGGCCAGGCACGAGCUCAGCCACACCGGGGUCAAACCGUUCGUCUGCUCCGAGGACGGAUGCACCGAGGCCUUCACCACCAACGCCAACCGGGUCCGACACGUCAGCCGCGUCCACGUGCACGAGCCCAAGAAGUACGCGUGCAAGUGGGACGGCUGCGGCCUGGAGUUCCGGAAGAACCACCAGCUGAAGGCGCACAUGUGUGAGCAGCACAGCCGGCUGCCCCCCCCCUACCGGUGCACCGCAGAAGGGUGCACCAUGAGCUUCACGGUCCCCAGCAAACUGAAGAGACACGAGAAGGUGCACAGAGGUUACCCCUGUAAAGAGCAGGGCUGCACCUUCACUGGAAAGACCUGGACUGAGUACCUGAAGCACAGACAGGAGCAGCACAGGCCUGUCUUCAAAUGUGACCAGUGCAACAAAGUGUUCAAGGACUCCUGGUUCCUGAAGCAGCACCAGCAGGUCCACUCCGACACCCGCAGGGUCUUCAAGUGCCCCAGGGACAGCUGUGAGCGGUCCUUCACCACCGUGUUUAACCUGCAGAGCCACAUCAACUCCUUCCACGAGGAGCUCCGCCCCUUCGCCUGCUCCCACGAAGGCUGCGGGAAGACAUUUGCGAUGAAGCAGGGCCUCCAGCGCCACGCCGCCACCCACAAUCCGGACAGGAAGCAGCCCAGGAGAGCCCGACCCAAACGAUCCCUGGCGUCCAGGUUAAGCGGCUACAGCGAAGCCAAGGCAGCGACGAGCAAACGGGUUAAAGAGAAAGAGUGUCCGCAGAAGGCGGAGCUGCCCGGUCCAGUGGAGCUGGUGUCUCUGCUGCAGGACACGUCCUUACUGCACAGCACAGCGGCGGUGGACGCUCAUGGACACAUGACGCACACCCUGAAUACACCUCUGACCGUGUAGAGUCCAAACUGGGGCUGUGAGAAAAUACCAGUUGUGCAAUAUAUUGCGAUAUUUCAUUUCACGAUACUGUAAUGAUAUUAAAAAGUACUGUGUGGAUAUUUUUAGGUAUUUAUUCAAAUGCAGAUAUUGUGGAGGUUCAUUUUA